AUGAAGCAAUUACGGAAAAAACUGUUGAAGAAUCAGCUACUGAAGUAUUACACUUUCAUGAUAUUAACCAAGUUCAAAACAAAAAGUCUGGUUUAGCUCAAACAGAGAUUUCCCCAACCGAAUCUGAAGAACAGAUUAUAACUGAAAAUAUUUCAAAUAAAGAAGAGGAUCAUUCCUUUAAUGUUAAUUUAGCAUAUGAUGAUAGUGAUGCUGAAAAUAAUGAAAUUUCAGAAAAUGAUAUGACAAACGACCAAUCUAAAUUACCGUCCACCGUUGUGACAGAGUCAAAAGACGUACAUAUUCGACCAAUAGAUCAGAAAACUAUCGCAUCUCAAGAGGACGUUAUGGUAAGAGAAAAGGAAAUGACACCAAUUAUAUCAGUUACCGGAAAACCUGAUUCAGAACAGUCAGCUGAACCCGCAGAAGUUCCUGAAGAUGAAAACUCACAGUCGACGCAGAUACCUACUGAUGGACUCCCAAGUACUGAAAAAGAAACAGCAGAAAUAAGUUCAGAAGAAAUCACAUCAACGACCAAUACUCCAGUGGUUUCUGAAAAUGAAAAAUCAACAGAAAGUCCCGAUGUAAGCGAAUCUCUCACCAAAAAACCACAAGAAGAGGGGCAAAGCAAAGUAACUGAGACAUCGGUAACAAUUAAUUUGAACGAGGAAUCAGACAUUACCGAACAACCAACACAUGAGAAUAACGAAAAACGAAAUUCCAAUGAAACUGGAGUUGAUACCCUUGGAACCACGGACACGCCAAUUGAAUCAGCGACACCAGAGGUUAAUAUCCAACCAAGUGGAGAAAACAUUACUGAACAAGUCACAACCGAAAUAGGAGUAACAAAAGCUGCUGUGGACGAAGUAACGAAACCAAUCAUUCACGACGUGGUAACCGAAAUUCAAUCUAGUCAAGGUGGACUAGGCGCUACUGAAGAAAUUUUCUCAACUGAAGUAACACCUAAGAAAGAAGUAGAACUCACUGCUGAAGUUACCAGAUAUACUGUUGUCACCGAAACUUCUAGGUUAGCAGAAAUUCUUGAGGUGGAAAAACGUCGUGUCGAGCAAGCUACAAGUGAAAUAACUCCUGAUAAGCAAUCUGAAAAUAAAACUCUUGGAGUUGAAGAACAGAAUGAAGCAGUUGCUGAGCGCCCUACAACCGAAAAAUCGCAAGGGGAGUUGAAGCUUUAUGUUACACCUAACUUGAAAGAAGGAUCCGGACAAGUAAAACCAUCUGAAGAUGUAGAAAGUUCUGGUGAACCAGAAAACGAAACGGAAUCUAACGAUCAGAAAACCGAAAAACCCAAAGAGGAGUCGUCUUCUGAAAAGCCAGAAGUGGUAUCCACACAAGCAACUGAAACUUCAACUACACCUACGGAUGUAUAUCAAACAUAUAAACCAGAUGUAUCUCAAAUUGGAAUAUCAGUGACUGAAUCAAAACAACCCACAGAAAAUUCUGAAGGCGAAGUGACCGACAAAUCUACUUUAUCAGAAAAGGAUCAUUCUGGUGAAAACCAAAUUGAAUCACCAGACAUACCGGCGAUAUUAGUGACUUCUAAAACACCAGUAAUUUCUGAACCAACAUAUUCUGAGAUCACAACUCAACCUGAACAAGAAUCAGAAAUCACCAAAUCGCUUGAAACUGACUCAGAACAUAAAACAUCAGAAGAACCAAACGAGAAUGUUGUUUUCACAGUGUCAUCAAUUCAUGAAGUAACAAGUGAUGUAACCCAACAUGGCGAUAAUGAUGAAUCUGAGUAUCUGACUGUUUUUAAAUCCACACAAUCACCAACAAUAAUCUCCGAUCUUGACGAAGUUACUGAGAAGUACUUCACUUCAGGUGAAGUAACUGUUGAACCUGUUGGUUUUACACAACUCUACAACAAACAAUCAGAAUAUACUAGUGAAUAUCCAGAGCCAUCAGAAGAAUGCAAACUCACAGAAAAACAAGAUGUCAAGAAAUCUGAAUCGACUGUAACAGAAGAAGAUAAUGGUAUACCUGAUGAAAGAAGUUGUUUGGUUGACGGGCAAACAUAUAAGAACAACUCUAAUGUCCCUCCAUUCAAUCAGUGCCAACUAUCAUGUAAAUGCGUCAGUUCAAUUCUUCAAUGUGAAUCUGUUCACUGCAUGGUACCUCCCUGCAAUUCGGAAGACUGUAUGCCAGUCUUUCGUUCGCCUGGUAGCUGUUGUUCAACCUAUAGUUCGAUUCCCAGUGCCACUAGCGUUAUAAAAUGGGAUAAUCAUAUUUUUGAAAAAACAACUACUGACCAAAAAAUUGAGAAACGUGAAACUACAAGCCAAAGUGCCAGAGAUCAAGCAUCAGUUGCAACUAUAACUACAAAACAUGAAAAAGAAGAAAAAAUUCCUGAAUCGUUUACUGAAAAAGAGUCUGAGGAACCCAUGCCAUUACUUGAUAAUUUCGAUAAUGAAAUUCCUGACGAGCAUGUCGAAGAGCUUUAUGUCAUUCCUGAACAUUAUGGUACAGAAGGCUGUUCAGCUAUUGGGUCUCAGACUACCGAACAAGCUAUCAGUAAGCAAGUUGAAACCAAAACGAAAAAAAAUUCGGUGACCAAAUCCUCUCCAGAUGGAAAUGAAGAAAAAUAUACACAACAGCCUAUCAAAAACUCUUUCGAUGGGAAAAAUCUACUUACAGUAACUGAGAAAAAAGACUUAAAUGAAACAGAAGGAACCGAAUUUUCUUUUGCAACCGAAAUCAUAAUUGAAAUACAGCCUGAGAAGGAAUUUGCAAAUGCAGAAAUGCAAGUUCUGUAGAAAAUGUUAUCUCAAUCAUCAUAAAAUAUGAUAUUAUUACAAAAAUACUUUUGCUACCUGAAAAAUACUCAAUAAUGGAAGACAUGACCACUUACUAACCCAAGCAAACUGUAUCAAAUAAAGCACGUGAUAGACACCCUUCAGAAGACAGCAAAUUAGGACCAGAAACUACAAUCUUACUUAUCCCCAAUACUGAUUAUGAAUUGAAAGAGUACUAUAGAAUUAGUAAUAAUGUUUAGUUACCAAGUGCAUGGAUAUGGUGAAGUUUACAGAAUAAACCUACAGUAAACAAACAUGAAUCCCACAGAAACUCGAGGUUGUACAUGGGAAUCCGGUGUACUUCUAAGGCACUUCCCCAAACCAGGAUUCCAUUAUACUUUCCAUAAAACAAGAGCUUCAUGUACUCGAACAAAGGCAAGCAGUAAUCAGAUUCAUGUGGGUCCCAUCCUCAUGAGGGCAUCCCAGGCAAUGAAAGAGCAGAUCAACUGGCGAAAGCAGCCAUCUCAAAUCCAUUGACUUAUACUGAACUCAAAAUAAAUCACAUUGACCUGAAAUCUUUCUACAAACAAGAAAUCAUCAACAAUUGGCAACAUCAGUGGUACAAUUCCACCUCUGAGCUAGCAGAAGUAAAAACAGUACUCCCAUGGAAAAAUAUUCCCAAAAACAGAAGACACCAAGUAAUCCUGACUCAUUUGCGACUGGGACAUACCCGCUUAACACAUGAAUACCUCAUAACAGGUGGUGACAAACCAAGAUGUGAAGUGUGUGGAACAGACCUGAGUGUAAAACACAUUCUAACAGAAUGCGUGCUAUAUCACAUCGACAGACUUACUCAUCGUAUCCCACAAACAAUGAAAGACAUAUUUGGUGAAAAUUGUGACACUGAACAAUUGAUAGCUUUCCUCAAAGAUAUACACAUUUUACGACAUAUAUUGUAUUAUGCCGUUGCUAAUAACCCUAGCGGAUGAUGCAACUUUCUUUAAAUAAAAAAAAAAUACAAAUAAAAACGUACUUUGGUUGAGAAGAAAAAUAUAGAAUGUGUUAGUUAUUUAACUCGUUUUUAAGCCCAAAACAAAAAAAAUUAAAAUAAGUUUGAGAAACUAAAUAUUCGUAACAGAAUGUCAAUAAGCGCAUUUCAUACUAUUAAGUUGUGUUGACUCAGUUUUCACAAUUAAAUUGUGUGUAAUAAAUCAACUAAGCAUCA